AGAUUAUUGGUGCAUUAGAGUAAGGUGCCGGGGGUAACACCACCUCAGUCACGAUUGGGGGGUCACACGACCUUAAAAUAGGAUAUAUAACGCGCGCUGAAUGGGCGAUUUAAACGACAGAUGUUCGUGGGGAGAUGAAAACCCCAGUCACCAGCUGCGAGAAACAAAGAUCACCUCAAAGCAAACAAAGAAACCCCUUCCCCAGGUCUAUCCGGCGAAUAAUGACAAUUCCUCGUGUAGAGGGGUGAAGCGGACGCCGGGCAGACUUCAAUGUCCCUCCCGUGGUAGACAAAGGUUUAAUACAGAGGCUGUCUUGUAAUGUGAACAGAUUCAGAGAACUGGACGGAGGAAAUGUUAUCGGAAAUUCUGGGUCUUUUUGUUGUCAUUGCUGCAGUUCUAACUUUUUGUUUAGUUGUGGGAGAAUCUGCCUUUAUCUGUACCGAGAAGGAAGCUGGAAAACAGACAGUCGAGCUUCGUUGUCCCACUGGAACCGAAAUCCAAAUAAAGGAGGCGGUCUACGGCAAGAACAAGUGGCGGCAGUGCGUAUACACCUCGGGGGACUGCACGGAGCAUGUAGACAUUUCAGAGGAGUGCUGCGGCCAACGGAACUGUGACAUUACGGUGUGGAGGAUAUAUUCCAUCAAAUGUGAAUACGUCACUUUCUUUCGCGUCAUUUACGAAUGCGUAGAAGAGGGUGAUGCAGAGUGCGAGGACGAAGAAGACCCAGACAAAUACGAUCCAGAUAUCUUUGAAAUUACGUCACAUGACCGAAUUCCAUUUACGUCACCUAAACUUCAUACAUCCAAAUCAAUCACGCAGAAUCAAAUUACAUCAACCAAUCAUCUGUCAAAUUCCAUCGGCAACGAUCCAGUUCCAUCUCCCGCUAUGUCAACUUCAGCUGAGGAGGACCAAUCAGAUGGCGGACUAACAGUGAUCGUAUUGUCUGCUGUUGCAAUAGCCAUUUUGUUGGUUUGCAUUAUAAUUGUCGCCUUCUUUCUCAAAAAGUUUAAAUGGCAAGGAGAAAAAGAAUGCGUUUAUAACAUAUUCGCCGGAUGGUGCAAACGUCAUCCACCGGAUGGAUGCGAAAAUCCAGAUCCAGAGCAGCCUUCUACGUCACGUGAUAUAACAUCACCCACAAAUAAGACCAACGUCAAUAAGCAAAACCGGGAAAACCUACAAAAGCAGGAAGUGGCUACAUCUACUGCGAGAACUGUUUCACGUGAUGUUAACCAUAAUGACAAUUGUGACAGUAGUCAAAAAGACUCCGUAGAAGACUCCAAUGAAGAAAAUCAUUAUGUCGUCUUUGAGAGUAUUAAGGGAGAAAAGUAUAGUAAUCCAGUGCUAAGGUCCCUAACUGCUGGGCGUGUUGUCCUGGACCAAAAGGCUUAUAAUUCCACCCCUGUGGUUUCAGAGGGGCCGGGCACCACAGCGGUGUAAAUAAUUAUCAUUACUUUAUAAACCACAUAUAUAUAUAUAUUCUACCUCUGUGAAGGCUUUCUUGGUUUUGGACGUUAUCCACAAUUGUUCGCGGGAUAAGUUUUAUACCAGCUAUGUAUUCCUACACUGCCAACCAAUAUACGAUGUAUUAUUUUAUAAUCCUAUGCAUUAUGGAGUUUAGUAUUCAUUGCAAAUUUGCGCAGUUUUACUCUUCAAAGUGAAUUUAUAUUUGGAAUAUAAUUUCUUUACUCAGAAAUGUAGAUGCUGGGUCAUAUCAUAAAACAUAUGGUUUUUACGGUUAUUAAAAGUCUUUAUCCCCACCCCACCCCCUCUUUAGAAAAAUGCAAUAUAUCAGGAACAAGUUGAACUCGGAACAGAACACUUUCAAUCAUGCAGAACUGUCAAGCUUAAUGACUGUUUAAAUGAAAGACUGAUUGUGAUUAAUAUGAAUGCUGUUUAAUGAUGCAUGAAAAUAGGAUGAAUGAUCGAAGAAGUGCACGAACGUCAAUGAAAGGUCAAACUUUGUGGUACGAUUUGGAUAAAAAAACUGUUUCUUUAUACAGCCAUAGUUCAACAAUACAUGUACUUCCGUAUAUGAGACAAUGGUGCACAGAAAGAUGGUUCUUUCAGUAUGUUAAGGAGAUUAUAUGCUUUAUGUUGACUAAACAUAGGAGUAUAAGAAGUUUUGCUUUGCUAAAUAUUUAAAAGGACAAAUUUAAAUAGAUGAUUUGUCAAUUUUGUGUCUCUCUACAAAUUAUUUGUAAAUAAUUUUAU